AUGGCUUCCGCCGGGAAACUCAACACCUUCCGUCUCCCGCCUUUGCCCACGAUUCGAGAAAUCAUUAAGUUGUUUAAACUGCAAGCACUGAAGCAGCUGUCCCAGAACUUUCUCCUGGACUUGAGACUGACAGACAAAAUUGUAAGGAAAGCUGGCAAUCUGAACAAUGCUUACGUGUAUGAAGUGGGUCCCGGGCCAGGCGGCAUCACAAGAUCCAUUCUCAAUGCCAAUGUGGCUGAACUCCUGGUGGUUGAAAAGGACACGCGGUUCAUUCCCGGUUUACAGAUGCUUUGUGAUGCAGCGCCUGGGAAACUGAGGAUUGUCCAUGGGGAUGUGCUGACUUUCAAGGUGGAAAAGGCUUUCCCAGAAAGUCUCAGGAGACGAUGGGAGGACGAGCCACCGAAUGUCCACAUCAUUGGAAACCUGCCUUUCAGCGUCUCAACGCCACUGAUUGUCAAGUGGCUUGGAAAUGUUUCCCGCCGAGAUGGGCCUUUUGCUUACGGCAGAACCCAGAUGACUUUGUCUUUUCAAAAAGAAGUGGCAGACAGACUCACAGCCAACACGGGGAGCAAACAGCGGAGCCGGCUGUCCAUAAUGGCCCAGCACCUGUGCAGUGUCCAGCACGUCUUCACCAUUCCAGGGAAAGCAUUUAUUCCCAAACCAGAGGUGGAUGUGGGCGUGGUGCACUUCACGCCCCUGGUUCAGCCCACGAUACAGCAGCCCUUCGAGCUGGUGGAGAAAGUUGUCCAGAACGUAUUUCAGUUCAGAAGGAAGUACUGCUACCGAGGACUGGGAAUGCUAUUUCCUGAAGCUCAGCGUUCAGAAAACACUGGAAAACUGCUACAGUUGGCAGAUGUGGACCCAACUCUCCGGCCCUGUCAGCUUGCUCUCUCCCACUUCAAGGCCCUCUGUGACGUUUACCGGAAAAUGUGCGACGAAGACCCAUCCCUCUUUGCCUAUAACUUCCGGCAAGAGCUCAAACAGAGUAAAAGCAGAGGUCAGGAGGAGAGUGGCGGGCUCUAG